CUUACAGACCACAGUACGUUUUUCGCAGAGCAAAUAGAAGUUCUGCCAGCAGCAACAUCGAGUAGGUUCUUCUCUCCAAAAACAUUCCCAAGAUGGUCGUUUCUUUUGCACAUUCUAUGCUCGAAGUUCUGGGACGCCGGUCCCUCUCUUCGCUUCUCGCUGUGGUUUGUUGGUCCCUUGCGGCUACCGAGUUUUAUUCUUACGGCACAACUACCGGUAGCACCGCAACAAGCACGUGGUCUUUCGCCUCAGGUGCCUCGCUGAAGAAGAUGAAGACCCCAGCGCCGCCAAGACUCCGAUGCGCACAAGCUCCUGAUCAAAGCGAAGACUUGCUGAAGGAGUUAGAAGAAAUGCCGGAUCUUGAGGAGCCGCAAGUGAAGUUGGCCAUGGCGGACGUUUGCAGUAUUACGGGUUUUCAUAAGGAAGGAACUCCCGUGAUAGAUAAGUCCUUGCCUAGCAGGAUUACAGCCCGCUCCUUCUCGCUCGGAGCUAAUAUGCGGGCCAGAAAAACUGACUGGGCUCGUUUUUGUGGCGGAAGAGACAGAAGCCAUUCUCCGGCGCAACGUCCGGUACGUAAAAACGGCCUGCCGAGUCGUGAAGUAGAGGACCGCGCGGCCGAGGAUCGUUUUGUGGCCUCGACCGGAAACAAGCAUUACAUCGAUUCAAUCUUCGGACUCGGGCUCGUUCCGACGAGUGACAGUGAGCCGGCUUAUGACCUUGGGCCAAGAAAUGCUGGCCGAGAAGAAGCGCAUGAAGUUGAAAAAGAUUUUGAGAUGAUCGAGCUCCGUCAAAAUAUUGAAGGAAUGGAAGUCCCGUUUUCCACUGGUCCCGAAGUUCUACCUCCAGAGGAAGCAGGUCGUGAGAUGCUGUGGGGGGGAAGAGACAUUUGUCAGCCAAUGUAUACAGCAGGUCUACCAUCUCCAUUUUCCUGCUACGGUCGACCACAGUAACAGGGUGAUGUUGGGGUCUGGGUGAUCUAGUUGAGGCUUAUUGAGUGUGUUGUGGAGGUAAGUAGAUGACUGGUCCAUAUACUGUAUGACAAACGUGCCCAGCACGUACAAAUUUUUUUCGCACUGCAGACGAUGCUAAUGCUAUCGUAUGCUGCACCGCGUAUCGAUGAGAUUUUGACGCAGCACACCACACGAGAAGGAACUGCAACACGGAGUCGAAUAGAAAAGCCAUUUGACUACACAAAUACUCACGACUGUCGCCGUCUAUCUAGUUGAGAUGCGAGGGCGACGAGGCAGAUUUUUCCAUGUAACUACAGUUAAAGAUUUUUCCAAUUAAAGAAAAAAAAGAAACACGUGCAAAGUUUUUGGGGUUUAUACAUGCGCUAGAUCAUUCAUCAGAAAGGAGUAGAAUUAGAAAGUAAGAAGUUGUCCAAACACCACUUCGCGCAGAUCUCUUUUAGAUGCAACGCAUCUGAGGCCUGCGGAAUUCUUCCGGAUAAGUACCUACGGGCUUUGUUGUUCUUCUGUCGGGUCGUGUGUCUCUGCGCAGAAAAGAAAGAUCUUCUCUGAGGAUGAUCUACUUACACCCGGAGCAAAAAUUAAAAUGCUCACACUUGCACAUAGUAAACGUCGCCAAAAGGUUCAUCUUCAAACAAGUCCGGCGAUGACGAAAGAAAAAGAAUUUCGCAUGGAUCCAGCAGAUUGAGAUUUUCGACUGGAUCCAAGGUCACCGAGCAAAAGCAUAGACAACUUACUGUUGAUCUUCAUCAUGUGCAAGGAAUAUUAAAAGUCUCGAUCGUCGUUGAAAGCCAUGGCUGCUACUAGAAAGCAUACUAAGUUUGUUCAGGAUUUCCGCGCUCUGAAAUAUUUUGAUGAGCAUUAAAAAAGGAUAAGCAAGUCAAUCCGCACAAGCGCAAGCAAGAGCGAGACUUGCAUCGAAAACAUAGUACGAAACGACAGAGCUGCAGCCGUAUCCCCGAAAGGCCAACCUUCGAAGGCACACGCGCCGCAGCUCUAGUAGGGGCUGUAGUUGUUAAACUGGCAAAGGGCCAAGAGUCGCGCCUCCUUGGGAACAUAAUGUCACGACAGUGGAGGGCGCCACCCCCACCCCUUGUCGUGACUUGUUCAAAGGAAUGCAAUGGCCGGCCAAUACCAGGCGCCCUGCCGUGCCGACUAUUGCGCCUGAUCAGAAGCCACACACGAGUGCCGGGCCACGUACCUUGCCCAGGUCUGCCACGGUCAAGCAGCUCCGCCCCGCCGGGCUGUGCCCAUGGGGCUCGCCCCUGGACAAGGUAGUGGCGCUCUACCUUUCGCGCCUUUUGCCCUCUCUGCUGGUUUGCUACGCAGGUAGACCAACGCGCUCCUUUGGAGCAUCCUUUUCGGUGGGCUUGUGACCUUUGCUGCGUCUAGUUCAAGGCGCGACCAGCUCAGCUACCCUCUUCCAUUUCAUUUGCUGCGGGCUCCAUGAUGCCAAGCAAAUUCAAACACAAAUGGCCAACAGAAACAGAGGCAUAACAUGAGGACUGCAAGUGGAUGGAGGCGAUUAGAUAAAGAGCUUCUUGAUGAGUCCGCCUAUUUUGAGCCGUUACCUGGGUCCCAUACAAGGGGCCCCUGGACAAGUUGGCGGCGGUCGCCCAUCACUUCCUUGAAUUCUUAUCAUAAUGCGCCAGACAAAGUGCCUGCUUGAUGCAAGGUGUCCGAUAAUCUUCAGUGCCUCUUGCAUCUAGUUCAAGGUGGGACCAGCCUAGCUACUUAAUUGCAUACCUUUUCUGCGGACGACGUGAACCGUCACGCUUCAAAUAAAGACGAUCAACAAAAUCAGCAGCAUACCGUUGGGAAUACUGAAAAAAAGCAAAAAAAAUAGAAAUUUUUGAAUCGCCCCAAAUUGAAUCGCUUUUUCACUCUCAUAGACUUGCAUCGAAAACAUAGUACAAAACGACAGAGCUGCAGCCGUAUGUUGUGUAUGAUUUUGUGGGGCCUUUUUAUCUUUUGAUAGCCUCCAUUUCAAUCUGUAAGUGAUGUAUCUAUCAUCAACUCCUGUUUUUUUUGGACGAUUCUAAUAUCGAAAGUGAAGAUGAUGUUGCGGUACUUACCCUCUUGUUAAGAGAGAGAAGAUUUUAGAAGCGGAAGAGAAGGAGCGGGAGGAAAAUGGGCUGCUCGGGUUUCUGCAAAUUCGGUAUCCGAUCAUACAAGCGGAAAAGAUUAAAGUGCGGGAUGAUCAUGUAGUUGCCGAACAACAGGAGAAGGCAGGACAAGAUAAAGACGCCUCUGAAGUAGAAGCUGCAGAACCCGACGCCAAUACGCCUGGUGCUGCACACGAAGACUACAGUAGAUUUUGCACGAGCGACUGCAGUGCGCCCGGGACAUCUACUUCGCCGGCAGGUGCAAAUAUUGAACAGGCUGGUACUACCCUUGUUGCAGCGGUGUCGUGCAUGCAACAGCAACUGCUGGAUUUACGUGUGACAAAGACAACUAGGACUACAGCUUCGGCUUCCUCCGGAUCUUCUACUUCGCAGGGAGCUCCGCACAACCUUCACCCAGAUCAUCUUCACCAGCAAGAUCAGCAGCCGCCUCUGCUGCACCAGGUGGUGCAGCCUGGGCAGGAGCUUCUGCAGCAGCAACAGUACCACGGGCCGAUGGCGCAGUCCUGGCUGGAGUUUUACCGGCGGGGGUAUGCCUGUCAGCACAACGUGUGGGAACAGGCCAUGCAAUUGUUCGAACGCCGGCUGCAUUGUUUCAACGAAGAGCUGAGGCGCAUCCGAACGGAAAGGGUGCUAGAAGUAGAAAAAAACAACGCGGAGCUUCUGCGGGUGGCCUUUGCUAGUGGGGACCAAGCGCGGAUCAGCGCGACUUUGGAAUUGUGCACGCAGAUCAAGCGGGGAAUGCGCAUGAGUGCUGGUGAUUUAUUGGUCGACAACAGUAUCAAGUUUGUCGACUAAUGAAUACUAGGACAGGGGAAGGAGUAAUUUUUACCGCGGGACAGCUGCGUCCUCAAUGGGCGCAGUUGUACGCCGCGACGAGGUUUUAUUUCAUCUAAAUGUAAAUCUAGUGAUAAAAACAAAAUCAGGUGUACCGAGAACGAGAAGAGUUGUAGUUUAGUACUCUGUUUGAUUUUUACGAAUCGAAUUGCACUACGACGAGGACCACGAGGACAAUUUGGUCGUUCCUUUUCACAUCUUCUUCGGAUGAUGAAAACGCAAGAAGCGUUGCGCACGCGCUUCUUAGAGCUCGAACUUGAUUUGACGAUAUCAGCACGAAAUACUACAGAAGUGAGAUUCGCUUUUGCGCAAUCGCAGCUUGGGUGAUAGAUUGAGGAGAAGGAAAAAAUCCCAUCAUCUCCAGGCUUCUACUUUAGUGCGUACUUAUUGAUACAAAAAAAGAAAAUCUUCAAAUGCAAUAUACAAAAAUAAUUUCGCUGUGAGUGAAGUUCUUUGCACUGGCUGGAAGGAAGGGGGAUAACGCUGCCACUUUUCAAAAAUAAAAAAUCUGUGCGACCCUAAAAAAUUCUUAUAUCAUGAUCAUGAGGUGAGAACGAGAAGUAAUUUCUUUUGGCCGUCGUGGUAAAAGCAAAGGAGGAAACAUCAGCAAAGUCCACUUUGACAGACUUUAUCCUCGACAAAAAAUACAACGAAAAUCAAAAUCGCACUAUUUUACGUCAGUUUCCAGCAUGUACACGGAGGAGACCAAAUCAGAAAAUGAAAUAAAGCCGAAGGAAGACUAACGCAAUAUAGUUGCUCACGACCCGCCGCGGCCAGAAUUUUUCCGUGGUAGAAAAGAAUUGUUGUGGCCCCGUGACGUCCUCAUCAUGUAUUACAUAUGAGUUCGCAUUGGGCCAACUUGUGGAACAUAUCCGAUGAUCCGCAGCUCAUCUAAAUGCUUGAAAUUCGGUGAAGAAAAAUACCCUUUGCAAGCUUAAAAUGGAGAUCAAAAAUGGAAAAAGCUACGAUCGAAAAUCUGAUCCCAUGUGAUCCUCCUGUGCUCCUCAAAAAUCAAAAUUUAUGGGUUGCACGAAAUGCCAUUGCAGCCUGGCGUUGUCUUUGACCAUGCCGACCAGAAAAAAUGAUGUUUUCUCAAGAAGCUUCAGGUCCUUGCACUGCCAUAUACUCUGCUGAACACGAUACUCGUGAACUUCGUACAUCACGUUAUUAAGUAGCUGCUAUUCUUUCCGCCAUCAAGUAAUUGUGCAACCCUUUUUGCUUUAAAAGCAUAGAUACGCAGUACCAGCCUUGUCCAAUCGAAUCAAUUUUUUGCAUCUUUACCAUUUUUUUGAUUUUGCAUUCACUUUCAGACAGUACGUUUUUCGCAGAGCAAAUAGAAGUACUGACAGCAGUGACAUCGAGUAACAAGUAGGUUCUUCUCUUCAAAAACAUUCCCAAGAUGGUUUCUUUUGCACAUUCUAUGCUCGAAGUUGUGGGACGCCGGUCCCUCUCUUCGCUUCUCGCUGUGGUUUGUUGGUCCCUUGCGGCUACCGAGUUUUAUUCUUACGGCACAACUACGACUACCGGUACUGAAACAACCACGUGGUCUUUCGCCGCAGGUGCCUCGCCGAAGAAGAUCCGGUUCGCACCAGAUCCUCCUCGUACUGAGGAGGUUUUCGAUUUACCUAUGCUUGAGGAGGCUGCGGGACAAGCUCCUGGUAAGGCGAUGGAGCACGAUGAAAUAGUGACUGCGUCCGACUACAUCAUCCCAGGGCGUCUUGAUGACGAUGGCGAACCUCUGUCCCUGUCGCAAGUGUCCCGUUGGCAAGCAUUCUCACCGCUGUUUCAGGGAGCGAUAGACCAGAUGCGGGCCAAUGACGACUAUAAAACUUUAACACCUGCAGAAGCAGAAGAACUCAUGGAGGAAUGCAAAGAGCAGGGAAGGGCGUACGGAAAAGACCUGCUACUUAGGCAAAAGAAGGCGACUCGUAUCGAGAAGAAGCAACAACAACAAAUCUCUGCACGACGCAGAUCCUGCUCGCCGCCGCGUCGUGAAGAGAACCAUGGUCGUCGUGCCGAGGAUCGUCGGUCUGUGGCCGAAGCGCGGAGGAUCUUCAAAGAGCGUCAUAUCGAUCCAAUCUUCGGACUCGGGCUCGUUCCUCCGAGUGACGGUGAGCCGGCUUAUACCCUUGGGCCAAGAUCAGACGGUUCAGAUCUUCUGUGGGCGCAGCGACCGCAUGAAGUUGAAAAAGAUUUGGAGAUGAUCGGCCUUGAAGAACUUGAAGGAAUGGAAGUUCAAGUUCCGUUCCCCGGGCCCGAAGAAGUUCUACCUCAGGAAGAAUGUGAGAAGCUGUGGGGUGGAAGAAGCUCUUGCGAGCGACUUUAAAUAAAAGUUGUAUCGUCCAGGUUGUACACCAUUUUCCUACUACGGUCGACUACAGUAAAGUUGAUGUUGUGGUCAUGGUCUACGUUUAGUUGAGGCUUAAGUAUGUUGUGGCAGUAGACCCACCAUGACGGAUCGCACUGUAUCAUACUUGACAAGCACUACAAGAUGAUUUUUUUUGCGCUGCAGACGAUGCUAAUGCUAUCGUAUGCUGCACCGAGUAUCGAUAAGACUUUGACUCAGCACACCACACGAGAAGGAACUGCAAUACGGAGUCGAAUAGAAAAGCCAUUUGACAACUACACAAAUACUCACUCUCGCCGUCUGUGUUGAGAUGCGAGGGCGACAAGGCAGAAUUCUCCAUGUAACUACAGUUGAAGAUUUUUCCAAUUAAAGAAAAAAAAGAAACACGUGCAAAAUUUUUGGAGUUUAUGCAUGCGCUAGAUUCAUCAGAAAGGAGUAGAAU